CCAAAAUUGAAUUGAAUCAUGAGAGAAACUGACUCGUGUGGCAAUCAUCUACCUACCUGGGUGAAUGUUACAUGUUUUGGUGAUCUGCCAGUAGCCUUCGGGAAGCUGAUCGAGAUCUAGCGUGUGAGAAAUGUCUGUCGGAGUGACGAGAGAGGUUGCGUGACUUAUGGACUCCAAUGCAUCAGGUAUCCAUAUGAAGUUGUAAAUGAUACACGAGAGGAGAAAUAAAGUUCGUGAGACGAAUGAAAUUGAAGUAAGCUUCGGAGAGUCGAGGUACAUGCAUGAUAGUCGCUCGAUAACAAAUGAGAUAGAUAGACUCCUUCUGUCACCCAAUUACAAAUAUUCCUUCUGUUCGGAGUAAAGAGUCAUUCUUCCCGUGGAGAGUAUUCAUCUAUACAGGGUUCUUCCGUCCUGGAAGUUUCCCCCCCCGUCUCGUCUGCUUCCCCACGCAUUUCUUCUCCAGUGGCACAAGGUAGCGAAGCCCGCUUUUCUCUUUUCUCUUGUUGUGUUACAAUUCUGGUGAAACAAAAUUUCUAGUUAAAUGCCUGGUUAUGUACUAUGUAUUUUCCAUUAAUGCAGCACGCGAUAACUCAUAUCCCCAAUCAUAUCACAAUCAAAGUAGCGCCGAGAAAUUGAUAAUAGCGCAAUAGAGUCACAAUAUAAGAAUGUCGCCCUGUCUGAUCACACUUUGUUACUUCGCAGCGGAUCAUCCUUUCGGGGCCUUCCGGGUGCGGGACGGGCGACUUCAGGCGAUAUUCGACAUACGAUUUACCACAGGAGAGACUGGCAGCAUCAUUAUCUUCUUCACGGUGGAUCAGGGCCAGCAGUUUCGCAAGUCUGAAAUACAUCUGCUGCCCAACACCUGCGAACGUGCUCAGCUAGAGACCGUUUUAGCGGAGGCUAAUAGGACGCAAAGGGGAGAAAGUACUCUUACAAGCAGAGUAACAGAUCUGUCGCAGGUAUUCACAUCAAUACCACGGCUAUUCAAACAAGAAAGGGUUACCAAGAAGCACGUAGCCCCAGCGCACAUCUUCUCGCAAGUAAGAACUCGCUUUCAGAAAUUCAUCGGAGAGAUCGGCAAGCAAUACACAGUACCUCCCAUGCAAUAUUUCCUAGCAGCAGAGCACGAAAAACUAGCUCCCCUACAAAAAACAUGGUACUAUCACAACAGAACAUAAAGGGCCUAGUAGUUCUGGAGCGUAAAAGACAUACUCAUACCACUGUACAAACAUGUUGGUCGCGCAAUUGCAGCAAGUUGUACAACUAGGGGACAUCUUAGACUUCUUGUAUGCUCCAGAUGAAGAAGUAUAUUGGUUUCAGCAUAGUAAGUACAAUCUGGUAUUCACACGAGUCUUAUUCGCAGCACAGAACAAGAAAGCUAUUGUCGAAGUCACCGUAGACAUAAGACAUGCCUCGCUGUAUAUGGUCCAAAACAUUCAGUUAAUCGCCACACAUGAACACUUAAACUUCUUCAUAGCCGUAAUGAAACACAUGCCUGUACGAGAGCAGAGAUUAAUCAAUCCAGAGUUGGAUAUUCAAAUAAACCAUCUGCCGGUCAUCGUUCGGAUUGAGAGUGGCAGAUUUCGUCGCGAUACGGAUGGCAUACUAAAGAAGUAUAACUAUUCCACAAAAAGGCGAUUCAUUACUCCACAAAGAUUAACUGCGAUUAGCAUUGCUACACCCUUAAAGAAAGACACAUAGAAUCAGAUGCGCGAAAUGGUAACUUACUUCGACUUCCCUAAGAUAGUAGCUGUAACCCCGACGCAAUAUGGAAAUGUACAAGACAUCCAUUUUGAUUCAUCACAUGACAUCCGAAAUCCUCUACCUAUAGAAAGACUGCAGGUGAUUUUACGUAAUGCAAAAAUUGGCUUAUACUCAGCAGAGGACAUACCACAUGCACGCACAAUUGUACUUAGAGUGCUUCUUAAAUCAGGAUUCUGGAUCAAGGUUAGCUUACAUGCAUUGCGACAUAGCCAAAUCAGGAAUCAACCGAUCUCAACAUCCCUGACGGACGACUACUUUUUCUUUGCAGCAGUCACGAGGUGUCAUGAACGAAGUGCCUUUGAUGCGAUUAGUUUCGUGCAUGCUCUCAGCUGUCCACAUUUAGCAACUUUCGCACGGGAACUUACCUCGCACAUAAGAGUAGACAGGCGAUUCAAUGAGUAUAAUCAUCCUCGCGCAGUAGUGCAUGUAAAGAACCUGAAUAGCAACUUCUUGCGGAUUAUGGAGUCGCCCGGCCCCCAACAGCAGUGA